CAAUCGCAAGAGGGAAUGCGUCAUCAAUCUGCGACGGGAUAUGGCCCGGGAAAAAAACUGCGGCCUGGUCGCUGGCUCCAUGACAUCCCCGGCACGAUGGCGUCGGAGGGAAGUAGCAGAGCUUUGGAACAGAAGAGGAAAAAGCGUCGGGAGUUGGAAGAGACCGCGGUCGGGGGAGAGGAACCGCCUCUUGUAGUGGCAGUGGCUCGAGAGAAGGAAGAAGAAGAUGAAGAGCGGUGGGUCGGGCCUCUGCCUGUGGAGGCGGUCCAGGCUAAGAAGCGCAAAGUUCUUGAAUUUGAACGAGUAUACCUUGAAAAUCUUCCCAGUGCUUCCAUGUAUGAACGCAGUUACAUGCAUAGAGAUGUUAUUACACAUGUCGUAUGCACCAAAACUGAUUUUAUUAUUACUGCUAGUCAUGAUGGACAUGUCAAAUUCUGGAAGAAAGUAGAAGAAGGAAUUGAAUUUGUUAAACAUUUUCGUAGUCAUCUGGGGAUCAUUGAGAGUAUUGCAGUCAGCUCUGAAGGAGCUUUAUUCUGUUCUGUGGGUGAUGACAAAGCAAUGAAGGUAUUUGAUGUGGUGAACUUUGAUAUGAUCAACAUGCUGAAACUUGGCUAUUUUCCUGGACAGUGUGAAUGGAUUUAUUGCCCAGGAGAUGCUAUAUCUUCUGUUGCUGCUUCUGAGAAAAGCACAGGAAAAAUAUUCAUCUAUGAUGGUCGAGGAGAUAAUAAACCACUUCAUAUUUUUGACAAACUCCAUACAUCACCUCUUACUCAGAUACGAUUAAAUCCAGUUUACAAAGCUGUAGUGUCUUCUGAUAAAUCUGGAAUGAUUGAAUAUUGGACUGGACCACCCCAUGAAUAUAAAUUCCCAAAAAAUGUCAACUGGGAAUAUAAAACUGAUACAGAUUUAUAUGAAUUUGCAAAAUGUAAGGCUUAUCCUACUAGUAUAUGUUUCUCACCUGAUGGAAAGAAGAUAGCUACUAUUGGUUCAGAUAGAAAAGUUAGGAUUUUCAGGUUUUUGACUGGAAAGCUCAUGAGAGUCUUUGAUGAAUCACUAAGUAUGUUUACUGAGCUACAGCAGAUGCGACAACAACUGCCAGACAUGGAAUUUGGACGGCGGAUGGCUGUGGAGCGUGAGUUGGAGAAGGUGGAUGCAGUGAGGCUAAUUAACAUAAUUUUUGAUGAAACUGGGCACUUUGUACUUUAUGGAACAAUGCUGGGCAUUAAAGUCAUAAAUGUAGAAACAAACCGGUGUGUGCGUAUUCUUGGCAAGCAAGAAAAUAUUAGGGUAAUGCAAUUGGCUUUGUUCCAAGGAGUAGCCAAGAAGCAUCUCUCUGCAACCACUAUAGAGAUGAAAGCAUCUGAAAACCCUGUUCUUCAGAAUAUCCAAGCUGACCCAACAAUAAUAUGUACAUCUUUCAAAAAGAAUAGGUUUUAUAUGUUCACCAAGCGAGAACCAGAAGAUACAAAAAGUGCAGAUUCUGACCGAGAUGUGUUUAAUGAGAAACCAUCUAAAGAGGAGGUGAUGGCAGCCACACAAGCUGAAGGACCCAAAAGAGUUUCUGAUAGUGCCAUUAUCCAUACAAGCAUGGGAGAUAUUCACAUCAAGCUUUUUCCUGUUGAGUGUCCUAAAACAGUGGAAAACUUUUGUGUCCAUAGCAGAAAUGGUUAUUACAAUGGGCACACAUUUCACCGUAUUAUCAAGGGUUUCAUGAUUCAGACUGGUGAUCCAACAGGUACAGGUAUGGGAGGUGAAAGCAUAUGGGGAGGAGAAUUUGAAGAUGAAUUUCAUUCAACAUUGAGACACGACAGACCAUAUACACUCAGUAUGGCUAAUGCGGGUGCCAAUACAAAUGGAUCCCAAUUCUUCAUAACAGUGGUGCCAACUCCUUGGCUUGACAACAAGCACACAGUAUUUGGACGAGUAACAAAAGGAAUGGAAGUUGUCCAGAGAAUUUCCAAUGUCAAAGUCAAUCCAAAAACAGAUAAACCUUAUGAAGACAUCAGCAUCAUUAAUAUUACUGUCAAGUAAAAUCAGAUUUUCAAGUCCAUUUUGAGAGUAUGUACAUUAGUCAGUGAAAGAUAAAAAAUUAAAAAAUGUAAAGCUCCAGUACUGAAUAACCUUCCAAGUUAAUCAUGUAACUUAAGUGUCCAAAAGUAUAUUUUUGUAUUUUAUUAAAAGUGAUUUAAGAUACUGUGUCUUCAUUUAUAUGAUUUUUAUAAAACUGUAGCUACUUAAUGUAGUCUUUUUUUUCUCUCUUGCAAAUAACAUUAAGGUAAUAUGCUACUGAGAAGCUGAAAUGAAAGGAAAUAUAGCAUUGAAAGGAAAACCCUAAAAAGUUUAUACAGGCUUUGUCUUUAAAUGAUACUGAAUGUAUUAAUUAGUACUAGUCACUCAUUACUUUUUCCUUAUUAUUAAAAAACAAAAUUUGACUCCCUUCCCUAAUGCAUAUACAGUGAUAUAUUUUUAAGCCUUUCACUAGAACUGCUGAUCUGUGUCCCCCUUUAAACAUACAGUAUUUAUGAGUCAAGUUGUUUUUGGCAUAAGGAUCUUAUAGAAUGAAAACAAAGCACACUCAAUUGGCAAGGUGAUCAAUAAUCAUUAAAAAGCCCUAAGUUUAAAAAAAAAAAAAGUUCCUUUACUAAAAGGAGCAAAAAUUAUAUAUUUACAUCUUCAGGUUUCUGGAAUGUCCUCUGACCAAUCUUACUGGGCCAACACCAACAUUUGUUUAAAAAGCAUGAGAACCACAGCUUGCUUAUGCUUACAUAUAAUCUUUGAGGCACAUCUUGUUUAUUAUCAAACAUACCACAACUGCCCAAGAAUCCAGGAGGCAACAGUAGUAUUUCUCUUUCCAGCCCUGCUACCAACCUUCCUUGUGGAGCUGAAACCUAUUAUCUGCCCCUGUAGAUCUGGUGGUUCCUGGUACCUCCACCAACUGAAAGUGGAAGGGUAAAAAAGCACCUGACAGACACUAUACAAUGAUUUAGCAUCAGGAAUGGAUAUGCAUUACCAUCUACAUUGCCACUGCUUCCUAAGGACCAUUGAGUUUUUCCUUCUGGCUUGUGGCUAGAGGCUUCUUAUACAUACCAUCUCCCCUAUGUUGAAUCCCACCUUCCAUCUUAAAACCUUAAACAAGUUUCAAACUCUUUGACUGACUUAAGGUUCUUCAUAUAAAAAUAGGAAUAAUGAUUAUCAAUAUAAACAAGAUUGCCCUAAGGACCAAAUGAGAACAUGUGUAAAGUGUGUGGUGAAAACUAAAGUCCUAUACUAUUGCAUCUAACAUUUUGUGUACCAAGGGAAAACUAAUGUAUUCGAGAAAGGAAGGGGGGAAAAAAAGGCACAAAUGGAAAAUUUUUUGUUAAAUGGGCCAAGAAUGAGUGAAAGAAAAAAGGGAAAUUUAAAUCAGUACAUGACAGGAAGAACUGUGUGAAUUGAUGAAGAUCUGAAGUGAGCAGCAGUAGAAUGAUUUAUACAACAAUAUUGCAAAGACAAAGUUGAGACACAUAAGAAUUCUGAUCACUACAGUAAAUGACUAAGCAUGAUUCUAGAGGAACUCUGAUAAAAUGUUGCUUUCUGAAGAGAAAUGAUAUAAGAUGGAGAAUGAGACAGAUAUUUUUGGACAUGGUCAGUGUAGGAAUUUGUUUUACUUAACUAUGCUUACUUGCUCAAAUUUUUUUCCCCAACUGAGGGUGGCUGGUGAGAUAAAGGGAGAAAAAAAUAGUUGAUUAAAAAAUAAUUCCUAAAGAGAAUUAAGCAGAACCAGAAGAAAAAUAUGUAAUAUAAGAGCUCUCAAAAAAGAAGCUAGACUUUACCUAGUCUCUUCAGACUGUCCCUCUCUCAGCCUUACUUAUUCCUAAGAAUAGUGAUAAAGAAUAUUUCCCUUCUCUGGAACAAAAGAGAGAGAAUACUGAGACAAUAUAAUGCAUACAAAGUUGAGCGUAUUUACUGUAUCCACUGUUUUUGAUAAAGGGGUUAUAAUUAGAUUCAGGGAAGAAGGAUGUAUAUGUAUCUUUAAAUGAUGUUUACAACAAAAGCACCAAUAAAAUGUAUUGACAAAUUCAAGCAUCAAGGGAUUGUUUUUUAUUCUAUAAAGUAAAUAAACUAGUUCAUUCUUCUA